GACGGGCACGGGCGCGGGCGCGGCUCCGGAUCCUCCCCGUUCACAACCGCGCGCCGAACGGCCGGGGUGGGGGGCGCGGCGUGACGUCAGCACGGUGAUGUAACAGCAGCCCCCCGCUUCCCCGGCUCGGGGGGGGCGGCGGCGGCAGCGAAACCCCCCCAAAACCCCCAAUCCCCCUCGAGACCCCGCCCCAACAUGGCGGCGGCGGCGGGGGGCGGGGUCUCGCCGGGGGGCGGAGCCUCGCUGGAGGAGGAGUGCGAGGUUGUGCGCGUGCGCGUCAAGAAGAGCGAGGGGCAGCAGCCGCCCGAGUUCCGCUCGUUCGCCGUGGACCCGCAGAUCACCUCGCUGGAUGUGCUGCAGCACAUCCUGGCCCGAGCCUUCGACCUGCAGGGGAAGAAAAGCUUCGUGCUGAGCUUUGCAGCACGGGAUGGGCAGGGCCAGGACACCUUUGUGCCUCUGCUGAGCGAUGGUGACCUGGCCAACGCCUUCACCUGCGCCCGGCCCACCCUGAGACUGCGCCUGGACGUCAGGAACCCCCCGGACAGCCCGCUGUUGGAGGACUGGGACAUCAUCAGCCCGCGGGAGGUGGCGGCGGCCGAGCCUCUCCCCGAGCGCCGCUCGCUGCUGGCGGCCGCCCUGCCCUUCACCCAGGCCCUGCUGGCACAGGUGGGCCGGACGCUGGCGCGGGCGCAGGCGGCCCUGGCGUGGCCCGAGGGGACCCCGGCGGUGUCGCCGCCCCCUCCCCCUCCCCCGCCCUGCGCCCCCCUGAGCGACGCCGACCUGAGGUCGUACCUGGGCCCAGGUGGGCGCCUGCUGCGGCCCCAGGAGCUGCGGCUGCACGUCUUCCACGGCGGCGUCGAGCCCGGCCUGCGCAAGGUGGUCUGGCGUUACCUGCUGAACGUUUUCCCCGCCGGCCUCACCGGCCAGGAGCGCCUGUCCCACCUUCGCCUGAAAGCGGCCGAAUACUCCUCGCUGAAGGUGGCCCUGGCCACCCGCACGCCGCCGGCCGAGCUGGCCCAGGUGGCCGCCGCCGUCCGCAAGGACGUGGUGCGCACCGACCGCGCCCACCCCUACUUCGGCGGCCCCGAGGAAGGCCACCCUCACCUGGCCGCUCUCCAAGCCCUGCUGACCACCUUCGCCCUGGGCCACCCGCGCUUGUCCUACUGCCAGGGCAUGUCGGACGUGGCCGCGCCGCUGCUGGCCGUGCUGGACGACGAGGCCCAGGCUUACCUGUGCUUCUGCUCCUUGAUGCGCCGCCUGGCGCCGCGGUUCCGCCCCGGCGGCCGCGGCCUCUCGCGGGCGUUCGCUCACCUGCGGCGGCUCCUGCGCCGCGCCGACCCGGCGUUCUGGGCGUUCCUGGCGGCGCGCGGCGCUCACGACCUGCUGUUCUGUUACCGGUGGUUGUUGUUGGAGCUGAAGCGCGAGUUCGCCUUCGAGGACGCCCUGAAGGUGUUGGAGAUCACCUGGAGCUCGUUGCCGCCGGCGCCGGCGCCGCCGCGCCCGGGGGUGCCGUUGUUGGGGGCGCCCCUGGGGGCUCGGAGGGAUGGUGGUGGUGGGGUCACGGAAGGUUCUGGAGGUGGGUUUGGGGGUUUGAAGGGUUCUGGUGGUGGUUUGGAGGGUUAUGAGGCUUCUGGAGGUGUUCUCAGCGGUUCCAAGAGCUCCAACGGUGUUCUGGAAGGUUCUAAGAGCAUCCAGGAAAGUCCCAAGAGCUCCAGUGAUGCCCUCAAGAGCCCCAAGAGCUCUAGUGAUCUUCUAGAAGGUUCUAAGAGCAUCCAAGGAGGUCCCAAAAGCUCCAGUGAUGUUCUGGAAGGUUCCAAGAGCAUCCAGGAAGGUUCCAGGAGCUCCAGAGAUGACUCCAAGAGCUCCAGUGAUGUCCUCAAGAGUCCCAAGAGCUCCAGCGAUCUUCUAGAAGGUUCCAAGAGCAUCCAGGAAGGUUCCAGGAGCUCCAGAGAUGACUCCAAGAGCUCCAGUGACGUCCCCGGUGACGCCAGGGACAGCCAGGAGGGUCCCAAGAGCUUGAAGAAGGUUCAGGAAGGUUCCCAGAGCUCCAGGAAGGUCCAGGGGAGACCCCCCAGGGAUGGUGGAGAAGCCCCCGAGGACUCCUGGGGUGGCCCCAGGAGGGUGGAGGAGGGCACGGACGCCCUGGAGAUGGAGCAGAGACCCCAGAGCCUCUGCUGGGGGGCUGGGGGUGACCCCAGAGAGGUUCAGGGUGACCUUGGAGAUGGACACAGCUUUGGAGAAGGCCGCCAUGACCCCAGGGAUGGCCACAGCACCUCCAAGGAUGGCCACCAUGACCACAGGGAUGGCCACCGUGACCCCAAGGAUGACUAUCAUGACCCCAGGGAUGACCACCACGACCCCAGGGAUGGCCACAACAUCUCCAAGAAUGACCACCAUGACCCCAAGGAUGGCCACCGUGACCCCAGGGAUGACCACCAUGACCCCAGGGAUGGCCACAACUCCAAGGAUCACCACCGUGACCCCAAGGAUGGCCACCAUGACCCCAAGGAUGACCACAACUCCAAGGAUGACCACCAUGAUCCCAGGGAUGACCACCACAACUCCAAUGAAGACCACCACAACCCCAUACACCACCACCACGACCUCAAAGACGACCACCACCACCCCAAAGCCACCGCCAACAACCCCACCACCCCCGAAGACCCUUGGGGCGGCCGUUGGGCUUGGGAAGACCCUUCCUCCUCCUCCUCCUCCUCCUCCUCCAUCUCCUCGUGCUCCUCAGCCUCAUCCUCCUCGGACGAGGAGGUGACGGUGGAGGACGACGGCGCUCCUCUGCCACCGCCAGAAGAGCUGGGCCAGGGGAACCCCUUCCUGCUCUUCGUGUGCCUCGCCAUGCUGCUGGAGCAGCGCGACGCCGUCAUGGCGCGCGCCGGCGACUACAACGAGGUGGCCAUGCACUUCGACCGCCUGGUGCGGCGCCACCACCUGCCCCGCGUCCUGCGCCGCGCCAAGGGGCUCUUCGCCAGGUACCUGGAGGGGUGGGGAGGGUCGGCGCCCGGGGGAGACCAGGUGGGGUCUCCGUCGGGGUAA